CCGCACGUUAUUUUCUACACUCGUCUCUCCAUCUUCGGCUUACAAUUUUCAAAGUUCAAACUCCGGUCAUUUCGCCGCUGCAAAAAACCUUUGAAUUCUGUGUAUGGCAGCUCGUUUAUUGGCGCAUGAGGUAGCUGACCUCUGUCUCGGCAAGCCGCCGUUGAAAUCACUCGCUAUCUCCGCCACUGUCCGCCACGCCCUCGCCGCACUCAAGUCCUCCGACGAUACCCACAUCAGCAUUUGGACCUGCGACCACCACCAAACCGCCCAAUCACUCAUCGAUAACUGCUGCUGCGUCGGAAAAAUCUGCAUGGUGGACAUCAUCUGCUACCUCAGUAAAGAAGAUAACCUCAAGUCGCCUUCUUCUGCACUUGAUUCUCCGGUCACUGUUUUGCUGUCACGUGAUCCCGCUACUGUUAGGCUCGUGAACCCCUCUGCAAGUUUGGUGGAAGCAAUUGAUCUAAUUAUCGGUGGAGCUCAGAAUCUUAUAGUGCCGAUAAACAGAAGAACCAAAAUUAAUUCAAAAAGGAAGCAAAUUUUGAAACAAGAGUUAUCAUUUGCCCCGACGACACACGCCGGCGGCGGUGAAUUCUGCUGGCUGACACAAGAGGAUGUGAUCAGAUUCUUACUGAGUUCAAUUGGACUUUUCUCCCCUACCGGUGCCUACUCCGUAGAGUCUCUCGGAAUCAUCAACCCCGAUAUCCUCACCGUCAAUUUCCACUCUCCGGCGUCGACUGCAUUGGGAGCAAUUUUGACUUCUCUUGCGGACCAAACUUCCGUCGCAGUAGUCGACGAUGACGGAAUCUUAAUCGGUGAGAUUUCCCCCUUCACGCUCGCGUACUGCGACGAAACUGCAGCAGCUGCUAUAGCAACACUAUCUGCCGGAGAUCUGAUGUCGUACAUUGAUUGUGGUGGACCGCCGGAAGAUAUAAUCAGGGUUGUGGAAGCGCGGCUAAAAGAGCGGAAUUUAAAAGGAAUGUUGGAGGAAUUUACGGCGUACUCAUCGGGGAUUCCAUUGAUUAGCAGUAACUCAUCUUCGUCAUCUGAAGAUGAAUCCUCACCAUCUCCGGCAAGAAUGAAGUCCGGGAGGUACAAUAGAUCAAGCAGCUAUUCCUCGAGGAUAACGAGGAGGGCGGAGGCGAUUGUUUGCUAUCCUUGGAGCUCGUUGGUUGCGGUGAUGAUUCAGGCGAUCACACACCGCGUGAGCUAUGUGUGGGUUAUUGAAAAAGACUGCAGUGUCGUCGGAGUCGUGAAGUUUUCUGACAUUUUGGAGGUUUUCCGGUCAAAUUUGGAAAGCAUGACGAAUUAGAUGGGAAAGAGGGCUACUUUUUGAAGAAAUAAAAAGAGGAAGGUAAGUUUUGUAAAUAUGAGUUAGUUGUGACUUGUGAGGCUUUUUUGUUGGAUAUCAUUAAACAGAGGAUAUUCUUUAUCGGUCCGUACUAUGAGGUAAAUUUAUCUGAAUGGUUUUUAUUCUGUGACAUCCUUAAAUAAAAGGUCAUACGAUGUAUUUUUGAGUUUUGACUAUUUGAAAUUUGAAAUAA